AUGCGUACGAUAGUUUUGCCUAUUGUGGAAAACAAGACGGGCGACCAGGCUGAUAAAAACAACUAUAGACCUAUUUCGUUGGCUACGGUCAUCUCGAAGGUGUUUGACAGCGUGCUCAAUAUAGAAUUAAAUAAGUUCAUAAAGCCGCAGGACAACCAGUUUGGAUUCCGACCUGGAUUGUCUACGGAGAGUGCUAUACUGUGUGUCAAGCAUGCUGUCACAUACUCUACUAGGCGUAAAACUCCAGUUUAUGCAUGUUAUCUUGACAUGUCGAAGGCAUUUGACCUGGUUUCAAAACUGAUGGCCAAAUGUGAGGCUUAUGUGGGAGGUCAUGGUCUUAUCUAUAAUGCAAAGAAAAGUGUAGUGAUGGUUUUUGAGGCUGGAGGUAAAGUACCAAGCAGUGUACCAACUGUAAUGCUUAAUGGUACAGCAUUGCAGAGGGUAUCUCAAUUUAAAUAUCUUGACCAUAUAUUGACUUCAGACCUCAAAGACGACGACGACGACGACGGCGACGACGACGACUGA